AUGGCGGCCACGUUCGCCCCCGCGGCGCAGAAGGUCGCGAGGCUGCAGCGGGGCAACCGGCAGCUGGAGGACGCCAACGCCGCGUUGCAGCGGGAGGCCGCCGCGCUGGAGGAGGAGCGAACCGUGCUCCUGGGCAGCCUCGAGGAGCAGCUCCAGGCGGCUCGUUCCAGGAGCGGCGGCGGGGCCGACGGCGAGGGCGCGGGCGCGGGGGCCCGCGGCGGCUCGGCCGAGGACCAGAGGGUGCUGCAGCUGCGGGAGGAGCUGAGGCUCUGCGCCGAGGCGGCCGCGGCGCGAGAGGCGCGCUGGGAGCGUGACGCUGCGGAGCUGAAGGCCGCCCUCGAGCGGCGCGCGGAGCAGGUGCUGCGCACGGGCCGCGCCUCGGCGGCGAUGGCCAAGGCGACGGACGCGGACCUCGGGGAGCUGGCGGGCCUGCAGGCCCAGUCGCGGCAGCUCGGGGAGCAGGCGGAGAGGUUGGAGGACGAGGGGCUCCGCGCCCGCUGCCGGUGCGAUGCGUGGGCGCUGCGCCUGUCGCACGCCGAGCGCGCGGCGCUCGAGGCGGAGGGCGCCCGGCAGGCCCGCCAGAGCGAGCUGCGGGCCACGCUGGACGCGAUGGCCGCGGAGGCGCACGGCGCGCGGACGGAGCUGGAGCGCGUCAGCGUGGACGGACCUCGCCGACCUGAAGCGCGCGUUGGCGGCGGAUGCCCCGGCGCCGCCGGAGAUGAAGGAGCGCGGCACGCAGACGGCGUGGCUGUCCGAGGAGGUGCGGCUGCGCGGGCAGCUGUCCCGCCUGGCCGAGGAGCUGGACCGCGCCCGGGCCGCGGCGCGGGCCGCCGCCCUGGAGCGCGAGCGGGCUCGGGCGCGCUGGGGCCCGCUGGACCCCCUCCCGGGCGUGGCGCUCGGGGGCCCAGGGAACUGGCUGGCCACCUUCGCGCUGUGCCUGCGGCCGCGGGACGAG